AUGAAGUUCAUUUUAAAAUACAUAGUGUUAAUCUUUUGUUGUGCGUUGCUGGAUGCUCUAAAGUUCAGCUGUGAUUAUAGAUACACCCCUCUGGGAUGGUUUAAAUACCACGAAAUACCUGCAACGUGGUACGAUGCUCGUUUGCAAUGCCAAUUCGAAGGUGGUACAUUAGCAUCUCCUACUACAGCCGAGAUGAAGAACAUUAUGUUGGAAUCAUUUUGCAAACCUGAAAUCUUGACUGGGAUCCACGCUACUUUCUCUAAGGGAAACUAUCAUUCUAUCGAUGGUAUACCACUUUCCAGUAUACCUCAUGAAUGGGCUCCAUACGAACCUGACAAUAAAAAUAAUGCUGAGCAAUGCUUGACCCUAAACUCUGAUGGAAAGUUCUCUGAUGUAAGAUGCGAGGAGCCUCGUCCUUAUAUAUGUUACAGGAGACAUUCAAAGGUUGAUGUCACUAAUUGUGGUACUCCAGAUCCAGAAUAUUUAUUUAGCAAUCAGACAAAAAAAUGCUACAAAUUUCAUACCAAUCGGCGAACAUUCAAAAGAGCCCAGUUUGCCUGUUCUGCUGAAGGCGGUCACCUUGUAAUCAUUAACAGUGACGAAGAAUUAAAAUUCAUCAAUGAACUUUACGCCAAGUAUCCAUUAUCAAAAUUUUUGGGAACUUUCGGUAGCACUGCAUUUAUCGGAUUUCACGAUUGGGACGAGAGUGCAGACUGGAGAACUCUUGAUGGUCAUCCACUGCAGGAAGCUGGUUUUGCUAAAUUUUCUCCAGGACAACCAGAUAAUGCGACAACGGGUGAAUAUUGUGGAUCAUUGUUACGUAACGGCCUAUUGAAUGACAUGUUGUGUGAGAUACAUUACCCGUUCAUUUGUGAAAAGAGACCAGACUACCCUGAAGUUUGCGAUAUUGCUAGUGCAGAAGAUGGAACAAAAUACUUUCGAAACUGUGAUACUGAUAUUGAAGAUGACAAACAAUCUACUGAAGAACCCGAAACAGAACCUGAAAUUGACAUAAGAAUGGGCCCGAUUUAUUAA